GAAUGGAGUUCUCUUCCUCCACGCCAACGCUUGUUACAAGGUUAAAUUUGACAUUUUCCAUUCUCUCGGCUUGAAAUGUGCGGCCGCAGAAAGUUUGACGACCCUUUUCACGAAUCGUCUCAGGGUCCUCGGAGGAUUAUCAUAUCCAACAUGACAGGCACCGUGCCUGACCCAUUAUGGAUUGUAUGGUGAUGUAAUUGAGCACUUAGUCUGACUUGCGAAGAGAAAUCAAUAUAUAUUUGGCUUGAUCCAAUGCAUUUGGUAUCGCCUUGUGAACAUCCUCAACAGUCUUACUGGCAAUCAUUGUACGAAUUGACUUCUGUGCUUGUUUAUUCCCUUCACUUCAAUUCAGCAUCCUACACUCCAGAAUAUAGAAAAACCUGCGUGGAAAUGGCAACCAAGUUCCGUGGCGAGUAUACCACUGGCAAGGAGGUCGUGGAGGCCUUCAAGGACAGAGUUGCUGGCAAGACGAUCAUCAUCACCGGCCCCAGUGCAGGUGGAGUGGGAUCUGAAACCGCCUUGUCCCUCGCUCUCGGCCACCCGCGCCAACUCAUCCUGACCGGCCGCGACGCAUCCAAGAUUACUCCCGUCAUUGCAUCCAUUCAAGAAAUCGACUCGAGCAUCGACGCGCAGUUUGUCCAGCUCGAUCUCGGCAGCCAGGCAUCUGUCCGCGCCGCGGCCGCGACGAUCCGCAAACUCGUCGGGGGCCAUACCAUUGACAUUCUCAUCAACAAUGCCGGCGUCAUGGCGCCGCCGUAUGGUCUCACUGAAGAUGGCAUCGAGCGCCAGUUUGCAACAAACCAUAUUGGCCAUUUCCUCUUGACCAAUCUGCUCAUGGACAAGAUUUUGCAUAGGGGCGCGAGGGUGGUCAAUUUGGCGAGCAUUGGACAUGUUUUUGCAGAAGCAAAUUAUGAUGAUCUUACGUAUAAGAAUGGCGAAACGUAUGAUCCCUGGGUCGCAUACUCGCAUUCCAAAUCGGCGAAUAUGCUCUUCACCCUGUCGCUCAAAGAGAAACUUGGAGCGCGGGGGCUCUAUGCCUUUUCUGUUCAGCCGGGAUCCGUCGAAUCCAACCUCAUGCGCCACGUCACCGACGACAACGACUCCCUCGCCUCCGCAUGGAACCUUCUCAACAACGCCAUCCGCGAGCACGGCGAUCACCUCGGCCACCGCAAGACUGUCCAAGAAGGCUGCGCGACGAGUCUAGUCGCCGCCUUGGAUCCUGCCUUGGAACAACACAACGGUGCAUACCUCAACCACGCAGCCAUCGACCCCGUCCCACUGCGGCCGUGGGUGCGCGAUGUUGCGCUGGCGGACAAAUUGUGGAGUCUGAGUGAGGACUUGGUCGGGCAGAAGUUUAGCGUUUGAGUGAGGACUUGAAGAUAUGAGUGUCAAGACUGCUAUCGUUUCAGGGGAUGGAAGUGGGAGUGGGUGUAGGUGUGGGAGUGGGAGUGUACAUGUGCAAUGCAAAUUAGGACAAAUAUACGAGACAGCACAUCAACCUAACUUAGGUAGGGGCAAGGAAUCUAAAAUAUAAAGUAUUAGGGAG